AUAGCGCCCGCCAUGUCCUCGGCAGAGGUCACCAACGCUCUACAGUCGAUUGGCGCAGCUCCUGUCGGCGAGAAACCCGCACUUUACACCUCCCUUCUCCAGCAAAUCAUCAGUGGAUCACAAAACCUCACCGCAGACCUCAAUGCCUAUACACAAACAUUGCUCGACGACUCCCUCGGAAUAGUGGUGCUGCGGCCACUUCUCGCCAACUUUGUGGAGCACUUUCGAACCAUCAAGGAUCCCGAUGUCAAGAUUGAAGUAGGAGAGAAAGCGAUAGAGUUGCUGCAGUCCAAGGGCGCAGGCCAGUAUGAAGAGCAGGACACACAGAUCAAGGAACUCCUAGCCGAUGCCUUUGAGGAGAAUGAAGAUUACCGGAAAUCUGCACAGACAUUGGGAACCAUCAACCUCGAGUCCACCCAGAAGUCGCGGUCGGCCGACGACAAGGCCCGGGUCUGGAUCCGCAUUGUGCGGUGCUAUCUUGAGGAAGAUGACCCUACAAGUGCAUUCCUUCACCUGAACAAAGUCAAGAAUGUCAUAUACGACGUCCAGGAUCAGCAGACGCGGUUGAUGUUUCAGCUCAGCCAGGCCCGUAUCCACGACUCGCAGCGCAAAUACCUCGACGCUGCCCAAGCCUACUACACAAUGAGUCUAGAAUCCAUCGUUGACGAAGAUGAGCGCUUGCAAGCUCUCGGCGCGGCCAUCCUAUGCGCUGUCCUCGCCCCCGCCGGUCCCUUGCGGUCUAAUAUGCUAGCCAAGUUGUACAAAGACGACCGCGCGAACUCUGUCGAAGACUUCCCCAUUCUCGAGAAGAUGUUUUUGGACCGCCUUCUUUCACCCGCGGAAAUCAAAGCUUUCGCCAGCAAGUUACAACCACACCAUCUCGCCAAAACCGCCGAUGGUUCCACAGUUUUGGACCGCGCUGUGCUCGAGCAUAACCUUGUCGGCGCUUCUAAACUCUACAACAACAUUGGCUUUGACCAACUAGGAGCGCUACUCGGUAUCGAUGCGGAGAAGGCAGAGCACUACGCCGCAAAGAUGUUGGAACAGGGUCGGCUGGGCGGGUACAUUGAUCAGAUUGACCGGCUCAUUUUCUUCGAGGGCGAGGGCAGCGGGGAGCGUAAGAAGGAGCAUGCAGAGCGGGUAGUGGGCAAGGAGCUUCGCAAGUGGGAUGCGAAUGUGCAAGGAUUGGCUGAGGAAGUUGAGAAGGCGGCAACGAUGAUCCAGAGCCAGUAUCCCGUGGGUCUUUCCCGUUCCUCGUCUGCCUUUUUAGACCAUAGCACAAAACUUUAUACUGACUUGAUUUCAGGAAUUCUACGCAUCGCAAAUGGUGCAUUGAUCAGUCGUCUUGCAUCGCCUUUCCACAAAUUACGCCACACCACCCUAAUACCACAAGCAUCUGCUUUUGCACGGUCAGUCUUCAUAUGA